UGCGCCUUUGCCAGCUGCUAAUAAACACGAAGAAGAAACCUACGUGACGAAGUGCGGAAGUGGUCGUAAACAUUUUCACACUUCUUUCAUUUAUUCUUUAUUUUUAUCGCAUUUAUGUACUCGUGUUUAAAGCAUUUGCUAAUGGCGGAGCAUCAGUUAAACGUGUGGAGGCUCUUCUGUCGUCGGCAAACAGGAUGUGACGAGACAAAUCUGUUCAGACAGUUGUAGUUUAAUGUGGUGGUUAUAUCUGUAUCUAACUGCACUUUUCAUUGAUGUGAGGCGCUGUGCCUGUUAUGAGCAGAUACAGAUGUCUGUUUACCAGAGCGGCGGCAAAGGCCGGUGAGUGGAUAAACUCCAGCUGGUUUUAAUACAAUGCUCGGCCGCAUGUUGUCAGUGUGGUAUUGGUUUGGAUCAGAUCGCCCUGGAUUCUGUUUGGGAACUUCUUCAUGGGUAACACUUACGUUGCUGAUGUAUGUUGGAGGCAUCCAGGCAAGUCUCAGCUUGGGUCCAAACGGAGACUUCCCAAGGCUCAGAGAUGUGCUCCUGUAUGCCCUCAGUCAUGACGAGCUGCUGUCUCUGCUGGUGAGUGUCGCUCUCCAGCUGCUGGUUGGACCAUGUCAGGAGCGUCGGUGGGGAACGGUCGCCUUCCUUGCCCUCUCCGUCCUGACGACGACCAUCUUACCUCUUCUAUACACUCUGGUCCUCUUCAUCGGUGGUGGGGAGGCGAGCCGGAUCUGUGGCUCCUCUGCCAUCCAGCUGGCCUUGUUUACAGCGUUGUGUCGCCAGGCGACACAGAGGAAGCUGCUGGGGUUUUUGCCUGUCUGGUUUCUCCCCUGGAUUAUUCUGCUGACUGGUCUGCUGCUGCUGCCGGGGACACCUGCCCUGCUUCACUUCUGCGCAAUAUGCAUCGGACAUAACUAUCGUCAGCCCUUCAUUGGCAUGUUACAGGAGUUGGAGGAGGCCAGGGUCAUGGAUUUCAUUCCUGAUUGGGCAUAUGUUUCCUCUUCAGCGAGGCUCAGAUUACCCAGCUACAAUACCUCACACAGGUCACUCUCUCAGAUCAUGCCAGUUGAUCAGGUUGCUGCUCCCCCCAUGAGGGACCUCUCUGUUCUGACCCACCGUCCGUGGAACGAGCCUUUGCCUGCCUGGAUAAUAGAGGAGUCUGCUGCGCUCUCCGAGACAGAUGUGCUGGAAGAGCAGAUGCUAAGUGCAGGGAUACUGGCCUCAUUGCAGGAGGCUCCUGAUGACCCUGAUGCAAAGGUGGAAGUUCCUAAAUCAUCAGUUUCCUCAUUGCGACUCCAGCAGCUGGAGAAGAUGGGCUUCCCCACAGACAAAGCUGUAGUGGCAUUAGCAGCCUCAAAACAGCUAGAUGGUGCCAUCUCUUUGCUUAUUGACGACAGUGUCGGCGAACAAGCUGUGGUGGUUUCAAAGGGGAAGACCCCUGUGCCAUCGCAGAGAACCUAAACAACCUCACGUUCCCGGACUGAGUUCGUGACAGUAUUUGCACGUAUACAGUAAACUGGACAUUAAUAAUGCUUAGGUUUUGCUGUGUUUCAAUAUUAUACAUAUUCCCGUGGGCUUCUCGUUGAACCAUUUUAAUGAUCAGAUGUUUUCCAUGGAAGUGUGGCAGAAAAGACUUGAGUUUUUUGUAAAUGUAAUAUAAAUGUGUCAGCCUCUGUUUCUGCACAUAAAACACAUCGGAGAGA